AUGGCUACUACCGAUGGUGAAUAUUCAGCUUUAUUUCCGCUUACAGAUUGUAUCUAUUUUGCAAAUGGUAAUUGUAUGUUUAAGAAGAAAUGUCGUUAUCGUCAUUGUGAAUUAGCUAUGAAGCAACUAGAAGAAUGUUCCAAUUGGCCAGAUUCAUGUCGUAACAAAGAUUGUCCCUAUCGACAUACAAAGAAACCAACUAAAAACAAAAGACCGCCGCUACAAGAAAAAGGUUUCGUGAGUUUCUUUUGGGAUAUUGAAAAUGUUCCUAUACCUAAACAACAAAAACCUUUUGNAUCACCAGUCAUUGGUUCAUUCGAUACAAUAAUUAUCUGCAAAAGAAAUAAUCAAAACAAUCUUUUUUUGACAUCGCAUAUAACUCUCAACACUACGCAAAAUAUGGGCUGCGGUGGAUCGGUGCCAACAGCUAGUUCUCUCAAUAAUGAUCAAAAUCUUACUAAAACAGUAACCUCUACAUCAUCAUCGUCACUUGCUACAUUAAAUCAGAAAUCGAACUCAAAUCACAUUGGAAAACGAGGUCGUCGAACUGAUACACAUGAAAUUGUUUCGAAAUUUUCUUUUGAUUUGGCUUGA